AUGGCGGGUGACCUUCAACAAACUCCUACUUCCACGGAAAGGGACAUGAUCGAAGAGAAGCCUGGCUUGACACAUACUGUCUCGUCAGGAGCGAUUUCCAUCAGCCCAGAACUUUUCGAAAAGCUCUACCUUACUCCCAAAGUUCCUCAUGCUGGCGACAAUAUCCGGCGUUUCGCCAACCCGACUCCGCUCGGUUUCGUUGGCUUCGUGAUCUCGACUAUGACUUUUGCGAUGGUCAUGAUGGGCUGGGGUGGUGCCAGCGGGUUGUCGCCUGUAGUCGGGAUAUUCUUCUUCGUCGGCCCGGUCCUCCUCGUUUUGACGGUCAUCUUCGAAUGGAUCAUGGGCAAUUUCUUCUCCAUGAUGGUCUGUGGCCUCUUCGCGGUCUUCUGGCUAUCCUUUGGCAUGCUCCAGCUCCCCACACUCGGUCUGGCGACACCGUACUCUCCCAGCGGGACCAACGCCGUGAUUGGGUCAGCCUCAAAGGAAUACAACGCUGUCAUUGCCUUGUACUUGAUUGUAUGGGGAUUCGCGCUGUUUACAUUUUUCAUCUUCACGCUGAAGACAAAUGUCGUUUUCGCGCUCAUCUUUCUGUUCGUCACCAUGGGCGCGUGGGUCUUGAGUGGUGCCUAUUGGAAAGUUAGUACCGGAGAUUAUGAUACAGCAGCGGACUUGCAGAAGACCGGCGGAGCAUUACUUUUUAUAGUCGGCUGUCUGGGCUGGUACAUGACUUUUGUCAUGAUGGCGGCAGAAAUGCGUCUCGCCAUCAAACUGCCUGUGGGCGACCUGAGUCACUUCUGGCCAAAGACCGACGUGGAGAUGGGCAGGGCCGAGAAGCAGGCCUAA